AGAGUUUUAAUUACCUGAACAACGUUACUUGUUAAUAUUAUUUUAAUUUAAUGGCGGCUAUUGAUGCAAAAAGUGACUGAAACAAAGUGUCGGAUUGAAAAAGUGCAAUGUCAGUGAAGAAUUACGUGAUUCGUUCUAAAGUGCAGUGGGCCGGAGGGGGGGUGCAGCUGACGGUUCGACAUUGAGUGAUCUGGGACCAGUGACGCCAGCAGAAUGUCAGCAGGAUCGGCAGUGGCCAUGAUCGGCGCAAACCUGCGUUUCGGGUCGGCCGGUGCGACCAACUCAUCCAUCCUCAACCACACGCGGCACUGCCCGCCGGGCGGCGCCGCCAGCGCGGCGGCAUUGCUGGCGCUGUCGGGGCUGGGAAUGUCUGCCAAUCUAGCGCUGAUGACGGUUAUACUUAGCAAGAAGCAGUUGAGGAGGUGGUCACACGGGCUACUGUUCCACCAGGCAGUAGUGGACUGCGCACGCGCCGCCAUUUUGCUGCCGCUCGGCAUCGCCGUCUUCCGUUGCCAGCCGGUCUACAAGUGCUCGCUGGUCGAAACUGCGUUUCUACUGUUGGUAACGGUAUCGACGGUGAAUAUGUUGACUACGGUGUUGAAUGACAGCCCCAUAUUUCCUGAAAAUGAAGAAGAACAAGCCGAUUUAUCUGCACCCCUGCUAAUGGACAGCCCGCAGUGCGUCCUCUUCGGCACAUUCAUGAUCUGGUUCGCAUCCAUCACGAUCAACCUCGGCCCGACGUUUCUGUCAGGCGCACUAGCAGCAAGCGCCGGGCACUACGGAUCCUACGGGCCGGCUCCAUCUUGCCCUCUUGUCCGAGGGCCUUUCCGACACUACGUCCUCAACGCCCUCUGGAUCGGCGUCAACGCCGUAUGCGUAGGCCUCACGCUGUUCCAUCUCAAGAAACUGCACAGAGACCUCACUAAGGCUAACGUAGAGGCAGUGCGAGUAGCUGGUCUAGUGACCACGCUUGUCAGCAUGGCUGCAGACAACAGGCGCAUGGACUCGCUGCCUAACAGCGUCGGACCAAGGACUGUAGAUGGAGCAUUAGCGGACGGCCAGCGCAUGCAUAGCUCGAAUCUGCCGCUGGGCGGCGGACGUCGCCUGCGGGGGUACCUGGCGCGGGUGGAGCGGGAGGGGGUGCGCCGCGUGCGCAUGUUCGUCGUCAUCACCGCCGCGUACGUGCUGUUCUGGGGACCGCUGUUCAUCGUGACACUGCUGCACCACCCGGCGCUUACGUCGCAUAUAGCGUAUGAGAUGUACUUCCAAAUCUCGCUGCACAUCUCGUACGUGCACGCCGCAGUGAACCCUCUGCUGUUCAUGGCCCUGCACCGCGCGCUGCGUCGAGCGGCCCUGCAACUGUGCUGCGGGUGCUGUGUGCAUUGGAGCCAGUUUGUCCUGGCACUUACAGCUGCUGCUCAGUCACCACUGGCACCAGCCUCCUUCUCCCCAGCCGCAGCAUCGCCCGAGCCUCCCCCCGCACCACCCCCACCCAUGGCGCCCCCCGCGCCCCCGGCGCCCUCGCACUCGGUCCCCGCGCCUCACACGAUGAUGAGUUGGGAAGUUGAGGAGUGUGACGCUGAGAGUAUGUCGAGUGCGCGUGUGCAGGGAGACGAGGAUAUGAUGGGGGAGCCGUGGAGCGGCGUGCGCCGGCCCCCGCGCUCCCCGAGCCCCCUGCUGCCCGCGAUCUAAGCGGCCACGGCCUUCGACGUGGCCAUUCUGCACCAUGCUGCGUCCUCGUAAGCCGGCGCCCGCGCCGCGGUCGCCACACAUAUCCGCCGCGCUGCGUUUACUAUCGUCCGUGUCCAAAUAUCUAUGUAAAUAUACCUGAAACAUCAACGAAUUAUGUGUAUAUAGUUAGUAAAUUAGCGAAACAUUUAUGUACGAAGUAGUUUCUGGUUUAGUUACAUAUAACUGGUAAAUAAUAACGGUUCUCUACAAGAGACUUGCAAAUCUUACAACCUCAAUAAAGGAGAUAAAAGUGCAAAGUUCUUUGAUUAAGGUAAAAACUAUUACGGGACUAAUUGGCUAUUGAUAAGUGAACCUGAACCUGGAAUUAAACUUGUUAUAAGGUUGUAUAAUGGAAUAAGAAUUAUUCUGAGGCUAACCUAUCGGAAUGAAUCUAAUUUUAUUAGAUUUAUUCGGACUAAGUAUUUAAAGCACAGAGUUAACCUAGUACUUUAAAAUUAUGAAUGUUUAUGGUGUAUUCGAUUAAUGUGUGUUCUAAAAAUUAAGCACUUAGACAAAGUUUAUAGAGAUCUUAUUGUAUCAUAAACGUAUGUAGGUAUUUUAAAUAUUAUACACUUGUAACAUUUUAUGGGAAGCUCAAAUUCUAAACAUGAGGACAUAGCAUACAUCUCAAUCAUAUGCACUAGAAAUAGUACCGACAGGAAUCGGUCGUAGUCUAAAUAAAGAUUAUAUUUUUGUUAGUAAAAAUGCAAUCUCCUACUAUGUAAGCAAUAUGUUCUCAAGACACCAAUUAGAUAAGGAGUGUAGUAUAAAAUAAAGAAAUAUAUUUAUUAAAUUUAAAAAAU